GGGCGUGGCCUGCACAAAAUGGCGGCGCUGCGCGUGCUCGUGGGGGUGAAGCGCGUCAUUGACUUUGCCGUCAAGGUGCGGGUGGCGCCCGGCGGGGGCGCGGUGCAGACGCAGGGCGUGAAGCACUCGCUGAACCCGUUCUGCGAGAUCGCCCUGGAGGAGGCCGUCAGGCUGCGCGAGGCGGGCGCGGCCGGCGAGGUCAUCGCCGCCAGCCUGGGCGCCAAGGCGUGCCAGGAAACCCUGCGCACCGCCCUGGCCAUGGGCGCCGACCGGGCCGUGCUGGCCGAGCUGGCCGAGGGGGCGCCCGCGGGGCCCCGGGAGGUGGCCACGGCCCUGGCGGGGCUGGUGAAGAAACUGCAGCCGCAGCUGGUGCUGCUGGGCAAGCAGGCCAUCGAUGACGACUGCAACCAGACCGGGCAGCUCCUGGCCGCCAUGUUGGACUGGCCGCAGGGCACGUUUGCCUCGCGGGUGCAGCUGGAAUCCGGCGGCGUGCUGGUGGAGCGCGAGGUGGACGGGGGCCUGGAGACGCUGCGGCUGCGGCUGCCGGCCGUGCUGACGGCGGAUCUGAGGCUCAACGAGCCCCGCUACGCCACCCUGCCCAACAUCAUGAAAGCCAAGAAGAAGCCCCUGGAGGUGCUCCCGGCCGCCGAUCUCGGGGUGCCUGCGGGGCCCCCCCGGCUGAAGGUGCUGCAGGUGCAGGAGCCGCCCCCCAGGGCCGGGGGGGAGAAGGUGGAGAGCGUGGAGAGCCUGCUGGGGAAACUGAGGCACGCCGGCAGGAUCUGACACACCAGUGCCUCCCAGUUCAUCCCAGU